AUGACCAAUAGAUUCAGCAGUCACCAAUUUGUCGGCCACCGCGAAGAUUCCGAGUUCUCUCCGGCAAACAGCGCCGGAGACUCGCCGUGCGCCGCCGUGUCGGCCGAUGCCAGGAUUGCCUCUACCUCAUCUUCCAAACGAAGUAAGCGCGCGAUACACAAGAGAGUGGUGUCAGUGCCGAUCACAGGCGUUGAGGGACUAAGGCUCAAAGGCGAUCCGAUGAGCGCUCCACCGUCCGAUUCAUGGGCCUGGCGCAAAUACGGCCAAAAGCCCAUCAAAGGCUCCCCAUAUCCCAGAGGAUAUUAUAGGUGUAGCAGCUCGAAAGGAUGUCCGGCGAGAAAGCAAGUUGAGAGAAGUAAAUUGGACUCUAAAAUGCUAGUGGUCACAUACUAUUGCGAGCACAACCAUCCCUGGCCGGCCUCUCGAAACAACCACCGCACAGCCGCCGCGGGAAAUGUCGGAACUCCGGUUUCCGAUGAGGCUGGGGACGAAGAAGAGGAGGAGGAGGAGGAAGAGACAAAACCUGCAAUUAAUUUAUCAAAUAACGAACAAAAUCAAUCUCCCCAUGAAAAUAUUGUCAAUCUCGGCGACGCGCCGCUAAUUGACGGCGGUGAAUUUGGGUGGCUGAGUGAUUUUGACUGCACGAGUUUCUGGCCUGUGUUGGAAAGUCCAAUUUUGACGGACGAGGUCGAGAUUUUCGCAAUGCGGGAGGAGGACGAGCCGCUGUUUGCCGAUCUAGGCGAGCUGCCGGAGUGCUCGGCGGUGUUCGGCCCCGUUGAUCCCACGGGCGCACAGCCACCAGGACGACAACAGGUACUGCGCACGAGCUACUGCGUGCAAACCGUACGCUCGUCGCCCCUGUGCCACUCCAGCGCCAUCGUGCACGCUGCUCAUUGCGGAUUCGUCGUCGCUCGCCUAUUGUCGCCCUAA